AUGAGUGUGAUUGCAGAAACCAACACCCUGAAUCAAUCAGACACACUCAACUUCACAGGCCGUUUGGUUUCCAACAACAAGAACUUCACCUUAGGAUUCAUCAAACCUGUCACCUAUAUCAACAACACUUACUUAGCCAUCUGGAAUUCCAAGUACAGGUCACCUUCAUCUCCAGUUUGGAUCGCCAAUAGAGACACCCCAAUCACUAAUGGAUCUGAUGCAACUCUCUUCAUCGACAAAACUGCAAAGUUUGUGAUCAAUCGAACUCAUGGCCACCCAAUUCAACUAUGCCCUGGUGAAACCACGACCGACAACACCACCAACACAAGAGCUGUUUUGCUGGACAAUGGAAAUCUCGUACUGACUGAAGUGAAUUCCGAUGGAUCUGUCGGUCGGACCUUGUGGCAGAGCUUUGAUUGUCCCACUGACACUCUUUUGCCUGGCAUGAAACUAGGCGUCAAUCACAGAACAGGAAGGAAUUGGACUCUCACAUCAUGGCCGGCUUCUAACGACCCAUCUCCAGGAGCUUUUACACUCGAAUGGGACCCUCAUGGCUUAGAGUUGGUUCUUCGACGUAGAGGGGCUGUGUUCUGGACUAGUGGGGCCUUGAAAAAUCUCAGUGAUCCUGAUGGUGGAAUGACCUUUGGGAACAGAGGACCAGCCCGCCAUCAGACGCACUCUUAUAAGAUGAUGUACACGAGAACUCCAAAUGAAGAGUUCUUCAACUAUACGUUGAAAGAUGACCGUUUGGAUACUGUGGUUCAUAAAAGCAUAGAUUGGAUCAUAGAUUACAAAGGUCGCUUUUCUUUUGAGAACAACGGAGUCCAAUUACAGGAAUAUUGUUAUGGGUACAAGACAAAGGACGACGAGGGAUGUGCAGAAUGGGAACAACCACAGUGUAGGAGUUACAAUACGACGUUUCAGUUGUUGUCUGGGUACUUUAUGAACAAAAGUAAUGGAAACUCCAUUGAUGGUGAUCUUCAACGGAUUGGUCCAGCUGAUUGUAGAGUUAGUUGCUGGGAUGAUUGCGAAUGUCUGGCAUAUCAGAAGAUGGACACGUUGCGUUGUGUUCAAUAUCACCAAGAAGCAGAGUUUCGACCAAAUCCAUCGGGGAAUUCGGAGCAAUUGUACGUUAUCCAACAACCAGAAAAUGGUAAGUUUGCGAUCUGA